AUGCUAGCAGUGCCUUCUGCAUCUUCAAACAUGGCGUCUACAAAGGCCGUUAUCUUGGUUGGUGGACCAUCUAGAGGAACUAGAUUCAGGCCUCUUUCACUGGAUAUGCCCAAACCCCUUUUUGAAGUUGCCGGUCACCCUAUCAUACUACACUGCCUGAAGGCUGUUGCCAAAGUCCCUGGCAUCCGCGAAGUCAUUCUCGUCGGAUACUACGAUGAGACCGUGUUCCGAGACUUCAUCAAGUCAGCCAGUGUAGAGUUCCCCCAAUUCCGCAUCCAAUACCUCCGCGAAUACCAGGCCCUUGGCACUGCUGGAGGUCUCUACCACUUCCGAGAUGCCAUUCUCAAGGGUCGCCCUGAGCGUUUCUUCGUCCUUAACGCCGAUGUCUGCUGCUCCUUCCCACUGGGUGAGAUGCUCAAGCUCUUCGAAGAGAAGGAUGCAGAGGCUGUCAUCCUUGGUACCCGCGUCAGCGACGACGCUGCCACCAAUUUCGGCUGCAUUGUCUCCGACACCCACACGAAGAGAGUCCUUCACUACGUCGAGAAGCCAGAGUCACACAUUUCGAACCUGAUAAACUGCGGUGUCUACCUCUUUGCUACCGAGUGCAUCUUCCCUUCCAUCCGCAGUGCUAUCAAACGCCGCACCGCCCGCCCUCGUCUACUCUCAUAUCCAUCAUCUGAAAAUCUCGAAUCUUCUUAUGUAGCCCAGGACGAUUCCGCCGAAAUGCCGGAGGUCCUACGUCUCGAGCAGGAUAUCCUUCCUGACCUCGCAGACAGCAACCGUUUCUUUGUCCAUGAAACCAAGGACUUCUGGCGCCAGAUCAAGACCGCAGGCUCCGCUGUUCCAGCUAAUGCUCUCUACCUCCAAAAGGCCUUCCAGUCUGGCUCUGAAGAGCUCGCUGCCCCCUCCGCAUCCAUUGUUCCACCAGUUUACAUUCACCCCUCCGCCACUGUCGAUCCUACCGCCAAGCUUGGACCAAAUGUCUCCAUCGGUGCACGAGCCGUUGUUGGCCCAGGCGUCCGUAUCAAGGAGUCCAUUGUCCUUGAAGACGCUGAGAUCAAGCACGAUGCAUGUAUUUUGUACUCCAUCAUUGGUUGGAGUAGCCGCGUCGGUGCAUGGGCUCGAGUCGAAGGCACCCCCACCCCAGCUGGUAGUCACUCUACGACCAUCAUCAAAAACGGUGUCAAGGUCCAAAACAUCACUAUCCUUGGCAAGGAGUGUGGUGUUGGCGAUGAAGUUCGUGUUCAGAACUGUGUUUGCUUGCCGUUCAAAGAGCUCAAACGGGAUGUUGCAAAUGAAGUCAUCAUGUAG